AUGGUGACUGCUGCUGCGGAUGGCUUCCACUAUGUUGCAUGCGCUGACGGCACAAGGAUCCGCUGUCGUUUGCUCCUGGGCGGUCCGAGAGGGGACAACAGCUUAGAGCCCAAAGCACGCACGGCCAUUUGUCUCCACGGUAUCGGUGAUGACCUGAGCUUUUGGGAGGACGGCGUCUUCCGCACCCAGCCUCUCACCACGGACUUCGCAGGCUUUGGCGAUGCCUCCGAUGCACCCAGCGCGGUGUGCGAUGAGGUGCGCCGGGCCAAGUUCGCCCGGGCGCUGGCGAGGCGGGCGAAUGUCCUUCUCGUGGACCAGCGUGGUUUCGGCGGCUCGGAUCGUUUCAGGACCUUGGCGCCGAUGGUGGACGAGAGCUUGACGAUCUUGAGCACCUGGAAGCUCACGAACCUCAGAACCUUCACGGACGCCGUCAAGGAGGAGCUACGGAUCUCGCGCGCCUCCGGUGCGGCCACGCACUGUGUCUCCCUGUGCAAUGGUCAAGCCCUGGUCCGGCUCAACUACUGGAGCCUCCGCUUCUUCGCCGCCCGCGACUCCAACGCCUUCGCACUGGCUGGGGCAGAGCUGCAGAGGGUGGACGUUUUGGCGCCGCAGGAACGCUUGAAGGAGCUUGGCUACUUACAGAAUUCCUUCUUGGACCAGGCAGCGCAGCUCCGCAAGUCGACGGUGUCCUUUCACAACGACGUCGAAGGCGGCCACCGGGUUUUGGUGCUGCACCGCGUGAGCCAUGUAACGGCCACAGCAGCGAGGUUCGUGGAGGAUGUGAAAGACAAUGACAGCUUUUGCAUUUCCCUCAGCUUGUCCUUCGCGGAGGAUCAGACCGGCAUGCUUCUAGGCAUUUUCCAACACAUGGAGGCGGCGAUCGCAUACCUUCAAUCCUUUCAGAUGUGGGUCGAUGGCAAGGAUGCAUCCUUCCAGGGGCUUGAAGUCCAGAGCGUGGAAGUUCAUGCGCGAAGCAGCGCCCUGAAGCAACUCGUCGACCGGCCGAAUCUUCCGAAGAUGGAGAUCUACCAGAUCUUUCCCCUCUCCUUCGAAGAUUCCAAGACCACCGACAGGAAGGGCACCAUGGAAGACUUUGUGGCUGAUGUGGAGGAGAUUCGCAAAUACUGCCGCGUGGAGCAGGCCAUGAUCGUCGGCCAUUCCAUGGGCUCCGCCAUUGCACUGCAGUAUGCAGUGAAGUACCCGGAGCGUGUCGAGCGGCUGUGCUUGUGUGCGGCAGCGCCUAAAGUUGGCCAAGCCGCCUUUGAGAAUUGGAUGAGGAUGGCGGGCGAUGGCCGCUCCUGGGACCAGCAGGUGAUCCGGAACACCGUGGCAGUGGUCAACAUCUCUGAUGAUCUCAUCCGUCAACUGCCGGCACCGACCCUGCUCAUCAACGCCAAGGACGACCAGCUCACACCCCUAGUGGGCUCAGAGAUGAUCCGCUCCAAUCUACAAAGCUCCAUGCUCUAUGUUCCCGAGUUCGGAGGGCACGCUUGCUUGGUGAGGAAUGACACUGCGAUGGAGCGCAUGGUGCAGUUCUUGCAUGCUGACGCUGCGAUGAUCUUCCUGGUGGACACGCUGUUUGAGGAGCAGUUGGUGAACACCUGGAAUUUGUCCAAGGAUAAGCACUUCCUCCGGUACUAUCUCUGCGGCCGAGCCUUAGCAGAGGUGGAGGCUUUGGAACGACAGCGGCGGAUGAUUCCGAAUCAAGCUGAUCGUGCACGCGUCAGAGAGCAGCUCAAGGAGGCGGAGGCACAGGUGGUGCAACAACGCCUGGGCCUGGCGAGCAAAACUGAAACGCCCCAGGAGAUGAUCUUGGCCGAGAUGAUUCGCAUGACGGCACGGAUGUCCACGCCCGCGCGCGCGGCGGUGCAGAAAGCUGGCGUGUGGUGGCGCGACACCGGUGCAGCGCUGCGCCGGGACGAGAACGCCAAGCGGGGAUACAGCGUGGAUGCAUGGGGACGAAGACGUGGCGGCAGCUCAGGCUCCAGGCCGCGGCGUCGCUGCGGCCGCAUGUGGCGCAGCGGCCGUGUCGCUUUGGCCUGGCUCUUCUGCUCGGUCUGCUCGGUGCCCGAGGAGGAGAAUGAGCCGACGAGCACGGACGAUUCCGCUCCCAAGAGUGCAUACCAUGGGAUCAUCAUCGAUGCUGGAUCCACCGGCUCUCGGAUUUGGAUCUUUACCUGGUCUCCGCUCCACUGCGACCUCGCGACCAGCCGAGCGACGGUGACGCCCACUGUGUUGGCCUCGCAUCAGGUGAAAGGUGGUUUGAGCUCGGUGAACGCCAAGCUGAAUGAUACCUUGACGGACCUGCUGAGCUUUGCUGAAGAGACCUUGAAGGACCGCCAGUCCGAUUGGCACCGCUUCCCCGUCUACUUCCUAGCCACGGCGGGCUUCCGGCGCAUGCGCCCGGAGCAACGCGAAGGAGUGCUGCAGACGGUGCGACUGAUCUUGGCGGAGAGCCACUUCCACUCAGAGCCCGACUUUGUACGCAUCCUGUCCGGUGAAGAGGAGGGCGCUUAUGGUUGGUUGGCCAUCAACUCGGACAUGGGGAACCUGGAAGACGUGGGGACCCACUCCGUGGGCGUGCUGGAUCUGGGUGGUGCCUCCAUGCAGAUCACCUUCGUGCCCGAGGCUGAUCGCAGUGUCCUGCAGCAUUCCUUUCCGGUGCACCUGCAGGGCCGUCAGAGCAAUUUGUACUCGGCCUCAUACCUGCAGUUCGGCCUAAGGGAGGCACAUCGCCUGCUGCAGCGGCAGCUCAUUGGUAAGGCCUUGGUCGCGGAGCAAACCGAGGUCUUGGAGCACCCCUGCUUGCCCCGUGGCAGCAAUACCACGGAACUGCUCAUCGGCGACGAGGCCGCGGCGGCGGAUGCCGCGGCGGUGGGCGCCAGCGCCUUAGCGCCCUUGACGGCCACCUGGCAUGGCCGUGGCCAAUACGAGGACUGCGCCGAGAAGCUCGCCGAACUGUUUGACAAGAACGCGCCGUGUUACCUGCCGGCCUGCACUUUCAAUGGGCGAUACCAGCCCACCCUGGGCCAACGGCGCUUCGUGGCCUUCUCUGCUUUCAGCUGGGUGGUUGAUGUGCUUGGACUGCCGGCGGAGACCACCGCACUUGAGGACAUCGAACAUGCGGCGCGCUAUGUUUGCAAGAUGGACUGGGCUUUACUGCAUGAGCGGUGGCAACUGAGCGAGCAAGCCUUGCAGUCCUUGUGCUUCUCCGCCGCUUACGUGGUAGUCCUUUUGCAUCACGGCUUGGGCUUUGACAAGAAGAGCCAGCAGAUCAGUUUCGUGCCUCAAGGCUCCGAUCAGCAACCUCAGUUGGGCGAAAGGCACAGUGCCGACAUGACGCGGCGCACGGCGGAUUUUCCCACCUUUGCGCAAGUUGCAGAGGGCCGUGCUGCCGCCCGGAAGACUGCGCCUUCCGCUCGACUUGGCAAAAGAGGUCAAUGUCAGCUCUUCCGCUGGUCUCCCUUGUCUGUGCCCGUGGGUGAGCUGACAGAUCUGACACGUGUCGAUCCGACUUCGGAGUACUUUCUGUGCCACUGGUGUGGUGGCCCGGCCAGCGCGCAUGAAGACAAGGGCCCGGCCAGUGAGGAAGAGUUGAGGGAAAAUCGGCAGAUUGUGAUGCCCAAGAAGCUUCAGGCCAUUCCAUAUUGCCAUCCAGCAGUGAUUCCUGCGCAGUGA